CCGUCGCGCCGCCGGCAGCGCCCGGUAUAAAACAGUCAAACGGAAGAGACCGUGAGAAUAAUACCAGGCCUGUCAGUGCAGUGGGGCAGUUUGGAGUUAACUAAAGCUCAGAAUCUCCAAAUGUCCCGGAGUUUCAGAAAUGAGCUGACAUUCAGACGCGCCGCUCCGUUAUUAUUAUUCAAACUGGUUUCCAUGGAGAAGAGGAUGCGUCCCGGACGGAUAGACAGAUAAUGACUGCAUUGCUAGUUUCUGCGCGAUCGAUGACACUUAAGAGGGGUUUUCACGCAUGACAAGAAAACUCACCAGCUUCUGAAUGAUCUCAAUCGUAGCUAUUGAAGCUCGCUGAUAUAUUUAUGUCUAUUUUUGUAACGAAACCAUGAGCUCGUUGUUGUUUGGAGAGGGCUUUCUGGGCGGCGCGGUGAGCGGUGCGCCAUCGGACGCGGUUCCCCGAGCGCUGCGCAAUGACCUGGGAUCCAACAUCCAUGUACUGAAGACCCUCAACUUGAGGUUCCGCUGCUUUUUGGCGAAGGUCCACGAGCUGGAGAGACGGAACAAACUUCUGGAGAGCCAGCUAAAGCAAGCCGCCGGCCAGCCGAGGUAUCCGGGCUUCUCCUUUACGCGUGAGGUGGCCGUUCAGACAGACUCUCUGGAGUCCAGACUCCCGGGCACCAUCUGGAGUUUUACGCAUAUUUUGAGGCACGGAGAGCGCGUGAAGACCGUCCAGGGCCCAGGGGUCACCUGGACCCAUCCGGACGGGGUGGGGGUCCAGAUUGACACCAUUACCCCAGAACUGAGAGCCUUGUAUAACGUGCUGGCCAAAGUCAAGCGGGAGCGGGAUGAGUACAAGAGAAAAUGGGAGGAGGAGCUGUCCAGAAGAGAGCAGAUGGAGGUGAUGGUGCAGUCGCUGCAGGAGAAUGUAAAUCAAUCGGAAGCCAUUCAGGAUGAGCUGAACGAGAAGAUUGAACGUCUGAAAGCUGAACUGGUGGUUUUCAAGAGCCUCAUGAGCGAUGCUGGCGGGAGACGCCGCAAUAAAGCUGUAGAAAACCAGAGGAAAAUCCUGGACCUGAAACAAAUGUCCGACCUGGACACCAAGAUCCAGGAGAAGGCCAUGAAGGUGGACAUGGACAUCUGCAGGAGGAUCGACAUCACGGCCAAACUGUGUGACGUGGCUCAGCAGAGGAACUCCGAGGACAUGAGCAAGAUCUUCAGUCCGUCCAGAGCUCCCGCAGACAGAGCUGUGGCUUGCAGAAAAAAGGAGAGGAAGGCGGUGUCGGACGAGGAGAGCUCAGAGAUGGAUGCAGAUCCCAGCAGCACCUCAGAGGAGGACGCUCCCUUCAACAUCACUGAUGAGAUGAAGCGCAUGCUCAACCAGCUGCGGGAGACGUUUGAGAUCGAUGACGACUGUGACAGCCUGACGUGGGAAGAGAACGACGAUACGCUGCUCUUAUGGGAAGAUUUCACUAAUUAUAAUGUUCCCUGCUCUGCUCUGACCAAUGGCAAUGGAGACUGCAGCACAGACGGACACGAAGCUGACUGCAGUCUCGGGAGUCUCAUCGAUGAAACAGAGUCGCUUUUCAAGACACGAGAGCAGGAAUACCAGAAGACAAUCGGACAAAUUGAGAUGGAGUUGGCCACAGCGAAGAGCGACAUGAACCGUCAUCUGCACGAGUAUAUGGAGAUGUGCAGUAUGAAGCGAGGACUGGACGUGCAGAUGGAGACCUGCAGGAGGAUGAUCAAGGGCGGCAGAAAUUCUCCGUCCAUCAGCUCAUCGGCGAGCAGUGACUCAGGGAACACUGACGAGAUUCAAGACGAGUCUGACAAAGAUGGAGAGACGGACGGGCCAAUCAGCUGAUACCUGCCCAGCCUGGCCCCGCCCCUCCCCCCACCAAGCAACAAUCAGCUCUUGGGCCUCCCAGCAUUCAGCCAAUGGUGUUACACAGAGGGACAGAGGCCACUCCCACAAACCCACACUCCUGUAGGUGCUCUAUCUAUCGUCUGUGAUGAGGGUGUUUUUGUGCUUCAGCAUCAGUUUCGGUGCGUCACACGGUGCCACAGCUCUGCUGUCCUGUGAAACAGAUCAAUCCCAGCCAAAACACACCACUGGGAAAAAUGACACCGAUCAGAACAAAAAGGACUGAUCAAACACACACAAUGAUGAUUUCCCUAAUAUCUGUGGCUUUUUAUUUUUCUAAAAACUCUUUGGGAAAUCAACCGUUUACUGCAGAAGUGUUUUGGCCUUUUAAGCCCCUUGUGAAUGUGGAACACAGAACAAGCUCACCGUCUAUGCAAUCGGCCUUAUUUCCUGAUCUGUGUUUAUGAUUUGCCUUAGUUUGCAGCGCAAGCCGUUUCAUCUGUUACACACACAGCUGAAGGCAGAAUUAUUAUAAUGCUCCUGGGAAACUUUUAUUAUAUUUUUUAACAGAGAAAUGACAUUUUUCACAUUAUUUCCUGGGAUAUUUUUCUUCUGGAGAAAGCCUUAUUUCUUUUAGAUUGGCUGAAAUACAAAUAUAUUUUUAAAAUGUAGAAACUGCUAAGAUCCAUAUUAUUAGCCCCCUUAAGGGGCCGAACACACAGUUUUUUUCAUUCUGAGAAUGCGAAGCGCACCACACUGCCUUUUUUUGUCGACAAAAAAAAAAAGUGUUCUGCGCUUUUUAUGUCGCUAAGCAACCACUGAAUCAGCUGCGUAUUGUGUGCAAAUGCUGCAGCUGAUAUUGUUAUAAUUGUAAUAUUAGCAGAAGCUGCAAAACAAAGAUGAAUAAACCAACACAGGCUCAUUCUGAAAACAUAGCCCUAUAUACGUUUCUGGAGAUCGCAAAUUAUGUAUCCAGAAGUACGUAUGGCUGCAUUUCGUCUGUAAAACGAACGGUGCGGGGCGGUAUGACGUCGUUCCUUUUCGCACUUACCAGCUGACAGCUAACCUAUAUUUGGCUUUCUCGCUUUUACCAGUUUGUCCCGUUAGCUCGACAUGUAAAACGCCGGACUUGAGACACAGAGAGAAGCUGACCAUGACGACGGCAUUUGAGUCCGGUGAAGAGUGGUUCUAGAAAGCAGGUCGCACAAUAACAGCAGCCAAAAAAUAAAUAAAACAAGGAAAUAACAGGGUGAGAAUGUGGUCAAAUCUGAAAACAUGGUAAAAAUCAGGCGAGGGAUUUUCUUUGUCUGUAUUGCUGUUUAAAACUGUCGGUUGGGAAGUGGGUUAGCUUGUCAAUGUGUGCAUUUGAAAACACUGUUGGUUGAGUUUAAGGAAAGUGGAGGGUGGUUCAGUCAGUCAGUCAGUCAGUCGUCAGCGCCCUCUGGUGGAUUUACGCGAGAACAGCAGGCGCGAUUAAGAAAAAUUUGAGAUCUUAAAAAACGUACACAGCGACCUCUGGUGGAUUUACGAAAACAAAACCUGCAAAAAACGUUGCUCCUGGGACAUGUUUGGUGCUCUCCAGAAAUGUAUACAGGGGUACAUAUUCAGAAUGAGCCUGUGUUGGAAUAAACAGAUAGAAUUCACUGUAUUUGAUACUUCUGCAUUGAGUGAUCUCCGUAACCCACGCCGCAUGCCUUGCAUGUAGCCAUGCAUUUAUACUUCUGCAUUCUUUUUGCAUUACAAUAACACUUACGAAGCGCUAGCUAGCAGUGGGGUUCCUAUGUUCCUUUGCUGAGUUUCUUUCUGGGUGUUUUGUUAACAUCAGAAAUACCUGUAAUGCUAACUUACUGUACAAGUAGCUCAAAACUUGCUCAUGCAGAGUCGGGAACUGGCAGAUGUGUAACAACUUUAAUCAUAAGAUUAACACAAAACAAAAUGAUCCAUCUGGAGCUCCUUCACGGGACUCAACACUUGUUAAACACUCAUGCUUCUUUUGUGGCUCUCAGCCCCACCCACACUUGUCAAUGAUACCAAUCCGACCAAUCACAGAGCUUGCACUAUGCAUUGCUGUGACAGGUAGUUACAUUUUUUUGAGAGAUGUGCGUGAGGAUCGGCCUCAGCCAUGACAUAGAGUAUGCAAAUGUGCGAAGGCUGCAUGUCCGCAUGCACUCAAUGCAAAAGUAUAAUUGAGCCUUCAGAUCUGUUCCAUCUCAUGGGAAAGACAGAGAAACAAAGGACAUUUUGAGUACAUGAGACCCUCAGAAAGAAGUCAUACAGCUCCAGAUAACUUAAAACACCGACCGCUAAUCUCUCCUCCAUUUUUAAAAGUCUCUGUAGUCAUCUUGAAAACACAGCGGCUGUGUCCGAAAUCGCCUACUACUCAGUAGGUACUGCAUUUGAAUUUAAAUAUACUACUCCACCAUUAGAAAAGUAAGUUCUAUACAGUAUGGAUGGGACUCAGACGUACUACAUCUGCCACUUUGUCAUGAUCAUGUGACCUACCCGCGUAAGUUGCAUCGCUUCACUCCCAUUCAUGAAUUCUCUCGCAGGGCAUCAUGGGAUAGCUUAGGAUGCAUCGGAUGCGCACUUCAAAUCUCUCUGGAAGUAUUGGUCAUCCGAGUACUUCUCGGAUACUGUUGAAUACUAUGAAUUCGGACAUACUACUCGGCUCACACACUGAUUUUGCAUACUAUAUACAGCAGGGGUGGGCAAACUCGGUCCUGGAGGGCCAGUGUCCUGCACAGUUUAGCUCCAACACUAAUCAAACACACCUGAACAUGCUAAUCAGUGUCUUCAAGAUCACUAGAAAUCUAUAAGCAGGUGUGUUUGAUUAGAGUUGGAGCUAAACUGUGCAGGACACCGGCCCUCCAGGACCGAGUUUGCCCACCCCUGAUAUACAGGGUUCAUACGGUUAUGGAAAACCUGGAAAAGUCAUGGAAUUUUGACAUGGCACUUUCCAGGCCUGGAAAAGUUUUGGAAAAACAGAAAAACCCACACAGAAAUUUUGGAAAAGUCUUGGAAAUUUGUUUAACAAAUAUUUGUAUACUUCAAUUAUGGCUGCACGAUAUUUAAAAAAUCUGACAAUACCUUAUUUUGUAUUUCUCAGAUGUAUAUUGCGACGUGAAUAUAAUUUCACCAGAUGAUUUAACAGGUUUAUUUAGGUUUAUUAGGAUUGAUAGGGAGGAUUUUGUAGGGGAAGUGAAUCUCGAAUAAUAUAUAACAAAUAAAUUACAAGCAUAGAUAAAUAUAGCAAAGAAAAAAGUGAAUUCUAGUUUUCAGGUAUUCACUAUUCUGGUACAGAUAUUGAGUAAUCAACACUGCAUAGUAUUCAUUGUAUAUUAUUUAAUCUUUAUUAAAGUUUUUAUUAAUAAAGUCAGCUUCAUUAAUAAAACUUUAUUAUUAAAAAAUGACUUGUGGCCGGAUGUUUUAAACUCUGAAAUAUUGAAAUGUUCACACAAUCACAGGCCUUAAAGGGAACGUUCACUCAAAGAUUAAAAUGUACUCCCUAUUUACUCACCCUUCACUUGUUUCAGGAGUAUGGGAGUUAUUAAAUUAUCUUCUUUUUGUUCAAUUUAAUAAAAGAAUGAUUGAAACAAGUGAAGGGUAAAAUGAAAAUGGUAAGUCAUUUUUGGGUGAACUAUCUCUUUAAAAAUGCAUGCAGAUGAUAAACCUUUACUCCAUUAUGAUUAAACUCUGUAUUAAACUAUAAUCCCAACAUUGCAU